AUGAACUGCGGGAAUAAGUGGGGCUACCACGGAUGGAACAGCCUAAGAAGUAUACAGGGUGACACUGACGAUGAGAGCAAGGAUUUUCCUCCCUUAAAAUGCGACCUCUGUGGAAACAUGUACCCAACGCCACAGGAAUGGGUCCGGCAUAUUCAAACUGAACACACCGAAGAACAAUUAGCAUUGAUGAACAAUUCCGCACCUCCUAAGCCUAAAAGAAUCCACAGUCAUCAGAAGCUCUGUAAUAUUUGCCAGAAAGUAUUCCCCAGUCACGCAUCCAUGGUCAUCCAUCAGAGAACGCACACAGGAGAGAGGCCCUUUCUCUGUUCGUAUUGUAAAAAAGGUUUCAAUGUAAAAAGCAAUUUGUUGAGGCACUUGAGGACGCUGCAUGACAAAUUCGUUCAUCCGAGUUUGUACGGGAGCAACGGAAACAAAAAUUCUUAA